AUGCUCGAAAAGAAUGGAACUAACAAAGACUUAGCCAACAUUAACAGAAGUGGUCAGACAAUUUUGCGUAGUGCUGCAAAACUAUCCCCUUACCCUGGACUUUUAUCUAUAUCCUGUCCUGCACUACAAAUGCAAAGAGAGUUGCAAAGGUUUAAGGCUGUGGAAGAGUUCGUUCAUCCCCCGGUCAGAGUACAAAAGGAUAACGAUGGCCUAGCAGCUCGUGAACUGUUAGCAAAGGAGCACCAGGACUUACUUAGAGAUGCGGAGAAAUGGAUGAAGGAUACGUCAAACUCCUGCAUGGUGGUGUCCGCCCUCACAGCUACCGUUGUAUUUGCAGCGGCUUUCACAGUUCCCGGUGGAAAUGUUGAUGGCAAAGGCAGUCCGCGGUUUCUAACUGAGCAAGUAUUCACGUGGUUUGCUGUUGACGUGCUAGCUCUCUUUUCCUCUGCAACUGCCAUCUCAAUGUUCUUGUCUAUCCUGACGGCAUGGUACGCGGAAAAGGAUUUCCUCCAUGCGCUCCCCAAGAGGUUGAUAUUAGGAUUUGCGUCCUUAUUCCUUGCCACAGCAACCUUGAUGGUUGCAUACGGAGCAACACUAUAUAUGGCCCUAAGUGGAGUAAACUGGCAAUUUCGUCUCUGGCUAACGUAA